GUUUGGAUUCUCCUAGUUUGAAACUUCCAAUCUUCAUCCUCCAAAAAACUGAGUCAAGAGGGGUGAGAGAUGGCCUCUAUAUCUACUGAAUCACAUCCCAUGACCGGCGGAAAUGGGCAGUAUAGUUACACUCGCAAUUCCACAUUGCUGAAGAAAGGAGUGGAGAGUCUCAAAGCUUUGAUAGAGGGGGCAAUCCAAGAGAAGCUUGAUAUGAAAGAAGUCAUUUCUUCAUCUCCUUCAAAAGUAUUUACGAUUGCAGAUUCUUCAUCUCCUUCAAAAGUAUUUACUAUUGCAGAUUUGGGAUAUUCUAUUGGUCCCAAUACCUUCAUUGCGGUGCAAAACAUUAUCGAACCUGUAAAACUUAAAUACAAAUCUACUUUCCAGGAUGAAGAUGAUCUCCAAUUUCAGGGGCGGUACUUUGCAGCUGGAAUUCCAGGUCAAUUUCAAGGUCGCUUGUUCCCCAAGGCAUCUCUACAUCCUGUCCACUCUUCUUAUGCACUUCACUGGCUUUCAAGGACUCCCAAGGAGUUGGAGACGGGUCUUCUACCUUCGGACUGUGUUUGCUAUGCACUUACUGAUCUCUUGGAAGCCAGCCUCUUAGACAUGGGAUUGGUCAGUCAAGCGCAGAUCAAGUCUUUCGACUUGCCAACGUACCAAGCAACACCACAGGAACUUGGUGCCCUGAUAAAAAGAAAUGGCUGUUUCAGCAUUGAGAGAAGCUCUGCCUCUCUCCUUGGUUGAACUUGGGGAGGCUUGUAUGUACCAGAUUGUUAUGUUGCAGACGAGAGCACUCUUUGAAGGAUUUAUCAGGGAGCACUUUGGAAAUGGAGUGUGGAAGAGCUGUUUGAUCGUUACUUGAAGAAAAUGGAAGAAUGUUCAUUGUUUUCGAGGUGGGCAGAAGACAAGGAGUUCAUCCAUUUAUUUGUUCUGCUCAAGCGCAAGGCCAACUGCUAAUACAUACUAUUGGUUAUA